AUGGCGCCACGCAGCAAGCUCAAGAUUGCCCUGGCAGCAGAGAAGGGUUUGACAGACAAGAAAGUCAAACAACUGAAGGAUAAGAAGAAGCACAAGGCGGUCAUCAAAGACAAACGCAAGAAGGGCCUGAUCCCAGAGGAGGAGGAGCAAGAUUGGGAAGACGAGGACGACUCCGAGGGCGAGGAUGGCGAGGGUCUUCUGGAUAUAGAGGCCGAGGAGUCCGACGAAGAUGAGGACGACGACGAGUCCGUGUACGAGGAGGCGAAUGCUGCAGCAAUUCUCAACGAGAGCGACACCGAUUCCGAGUCAGAAGUCGACAUGGAGGAGAAAAUAGAGCGUAAACCAAAAUCUAUCCUCAAAAAGACUGAGAAUCGACGGAAACAACGCCUGGCCGAGGCCCAAGAAAACGACGACGAAGCAGAAGAGGAGUCUGAUAUCGCACUUUCUGAUCUCGAGGAUCUACCCGAGGAGGAGCGCGAGGACCUCUUUGUCAAGACCAAGCUCUCCAUCAACAACCAGCCGGCCCUACUUGCCGCUGUAAAACGCAUCUCCAUACCCAAGGACUCCAGCACAUCAUUCACCACGCACCAGACACUCGUGUCCUCAGAGCCCACAGAGCCCAAGAUCGAGGACAUAUCUGAUGACCUGCAACGCGAGCUACAGCUAUACGCACAGUCACUCGAGGCGGCCAAGAAAGCACGCGCUCUGCUAAGGGCAGAAGGGCUGCCAUUCUCGCGGCCCAAGGACUACUUCGCCGAGAUGGUCAAAGAUGACGGACACAUGGAGAAGGUCAAGGCCAAGCUGAUCGAGGAGGCAACGGCUAAGAAGGCCUCUGCCGAGGCGAGAAAACUGCGCGACCUCAAGAAGUUCGGCAAGCAGGUGCAGGUUGCGAAGCUCCAAGAAAGGCAUAAGGAGAAGCGGGAGACGCUGGAGAAGAUCAAGGCAUUGAAGAAGAAGCGCGCUGAGAAUGGCGGUGAACUCGACACCAACGAGGCAGACCUCUUCGACGUCGGCGUCGACAACGAGCUCAACAAGCCGGGCAAGCGUGGCCGGUCUGACCAAGGUAGCAGGACACCCAACCACAAGCGGGCCAAGAAGGACGCCAAGUUUGGGUUCGGCGGCAAGAAGAAAUAUGCCAAGUCUGGCACCGCCGAGAGCUCUGGCGACGUGAGCGGGUUCAGCGCCAAGGGGAUGAAGGGCAAGGGCGGCCCCAAGAAGAUCAUGAAGACGGCACGCUUAGGCAAGGCUAAGAGGAAGACCGUGGCUGGGCGGCGGUGA